GCUACAACCCCUCCUACUGCUGGAGUUCCCAAGACCAUCACCCAACUGUACUCCUACUAUAUUUACAACAUCCUGAAAAACCACGGCCGUGAGAUUGAGAACCCCCGUGAUGUGUUACUCAGGGUUGGUCAGAUGGCCUUCAGAGGAGUGUCCGAGAAGAAGAUUGUGUUUACAGAUGAUGAUUUGAUCAACCACAAUCUGCAGCCUUCCCAGUUCCUGUCCGGGUUCCUGAUGGAGCUUUUGGAGAGAGAGGAUUCUGCCCGGUGUGUGGUGUACACAUUCCCACACCUCACCAUCCAAGAGUUUGUAGCUGCAGUCGCACAAUUCCUGAAUCCACAUCCCGGGGAUAUCCUGAUAUUCCUCAAUGAAGCCCACAACACGACAGAUGGACGAUUUGAGGUAUUUCUUCGUUUUGUUGCUGGUCUCUCCUCCCCAAUGACAGCUCGGGGCCUGGAAGAGUUUCUGGGUCCAUUUCCUCAUGAAACAACCUGCCAGGUGAUUGACUGGGUGAAGAAGAAGGUUAAACACCAGAGUUCAAACACAGAGAGUGAAGCUGGUAAAAGGAGCCUCCUGAACACAUUGCACUAUCUGUUUGAGUCUCAGAAUCUUGGACUGGCUCAGGCCACACUGGAAUCAAUGGAAUCACUUUCAUUCCGUGGAAUGACACUGACCCCGAUUGACUGCGCGGUCCUGUCUUAUGUCAUCGGACUCCGUGACACAAUAAAACACCUCGACCUGGAGUACUGCCUUGUUCAGAGUGAAGGAAUCCAGCGGCUGGGACCCAGGCUGCACAAGUGCCAGGAUUUGAGACUUGCGGGGAAUGAACUGGGAGAUUCAGGAGUGAAACUGGUGUCUGCGGCUCUGAGGAACCCGGAGUGUAAAAUACAGAGACUGGGGUUGGACAAUAUCGAUCUCACAGUUUCUGGUGCCGAGAAUCUUGCCUCUGCUCUCAAAACAAACCGAUCACUGAUGGAUCUGAACAUGGGUCGUAAUAAACUGGGAGAUUCAGGAGUGAAACUGGUGUUUGUGGCUCUGAGGAACCCGGAGUGUAAAAUACAGAAACUGUGGCUGAGAGAUAACAGUCUCACAGAUUCUGGUGUCGAGGAUCUCGUCGCCGCUCUCAGUACAAACCCAUCACUGACGGAGCUGGAUCUGAGUGAAAAUAAACUGGGAGAUUCAGGAGUGAAACUGGUUUCUGCGGCUCUGAGGAACCCAGAGUGUAAAAUACAGAAACUGCUUCUGUACAAUGUCGGUCUCAGGGAUUCUGGCGCCGAGGAUCUCGCCUUCGCUCUCAUUACAAACUCAUCACUGAUGGUGCUGGACCUGGGAUUAAACUCGCUCACAGACAGAUCUGUCCCGGCUCUCCGCCGCGUCAUACUGACCCUCCCGAGUCUGGGGCGGAUCGGGCUGCACUGGAAUCGGUACAGUCCAACAGGAGAGAGGGAACUGAGAUCUCUGCAGGAACCCAGACCAGGACUGAGAGUGGAGUUGUGAAGAUCUGAAUGUGUGAUCAUCCCUGCUCGCUGGAUGAGGACAUGUUGGCCGAUUUCCUGCAAUACACGUUUAAUUUCUAACUGUUCUAACAGAUCCUGGCUUCAGCCGAGCUCUCUGUGAUCUCAGAGGCGGUGCCGCAGUGACAUGAUUCCGCGUCCUAUCCAGUUCAAACAUUCCUUAAUUUACAUUUGUCAUGAUGAAAUCAAUAAACUGCUGUAACUUCCUGCAUUGGUGUCGGACCUGAGUCUCACUAGGGGAGAAACAGUGACCUGGGGUUACUGCUGCCCCCCGCACUCGGUGAACUGCAAUAAUGGUUCUGAGCUCCUCACACUGGUACAGCAGCGUCUCAGAGACGAGGCGCCCACAGACAGUUAACAUCUACUGUAAUGUCAGACGUGAUUUCACUGAGUUCCCAAGUACGAAUGGGAUGCGGGAUGGAAUACCGGCAUUCAGCACAGGGUGAAGUUCCAACCGCAUCGUCCCAUCACACACUCCCGGGGUCAGACACAGAGUGAAGCUCCCUCAACAUCAUCCCAUCACACACUGUCGGGGUUAGACUCAGAGUGAAGCUCCUUCCACACCUUCCAUCAAACACUUCUGGGGCAGACACAGAGUGAAGCUACCUCAACACCGUCCCAUCACACACUCCCGGGGUCAGACAGAGAGUGAAGCUACCUCAACACCGUCCCAUCACACACUCCCGGGUUCAGACACGGGGAGAAAACACGUCUCUGCAGUGUGAGAUAUACCAAAAGAGUUCUUGAGCUGAAACAGAUUACAAAGGACAUUCUCAUUGUGUUCACCUUGGAACUGUAGCAUAGGGAACCACAAACACACACACACACGCACACACACACACACUCAAUGAAGUGGUACAGCUGCGCCUCAGUUCCAGGCUGAGAUUGUCCAGUCCCCAGGAUCUCUUCAGUCCCUAUCCCCAUCCAGGCUGACCACCGCUUCCUUGCACCCGAGAUACACCCACUCUCCUGACCCCAGCCUUCCUGAGCACUCUCCUGGCUUUGCAGACAAAAUUGACAAAAGAGAUUGGAAGCUCAUAUACGGUAUACUAUCAGACCUGCAUCCUCAAUGGUCGGAAACAGCAGAGGGUCAGACACAGAGUGUAUCACGCUCUCCACGGAUCAGAUACAGAGUGAAGAUCCCUCUGCAAUGUCGCAUCACACAGUCUCUGGGUCAGACGCAGAGUGAAGCUUCCUCCGCAUGGUACUAUCACACAAUCUCUGUGUCAGACAGAGAGUGUGGUUUACUCCACAUCGUCCCAUCAGAACCAUCCAGGGUCAGACACUGAAUGAAGCUCUUUUUAAAUCAUCCAAUUACAUACAACUGGGGGUCAG